CGCCCCGUAUGCUACUGAACAAACACUCACAAAGACAGCAACCUCCCUCCUGCCGUCUCAGCGCGCGCCAUGAAGCUGGAGGUCCCGGCGGCGAGGCAGAGGAGCCAGGACGCGGAGCAGAAGGACAAGGCCGCGGGCGUCCUCGGCAUUGAGCCGUGGAAGAACCACCCGGCGAGGCUCCCUGCCCCUCUCCCCGAGGCGGACGCCGGCGGCGCCCUGGUGCCGCCGCUCAACUUCGCCAUGGUCGACGACGGCAUCUUCCGCUCGGGCCUCCCGGACGCCGCCAACUUCCGCUUCCUGCUCUCCCUCAACCUGCGCUCCAUCGUGUACCUGUGCCCGGAGCCGUACCCGGAGGAGAAUGCGUGGUUCCUCCGGCAGAACGGGAUUGAGCUUCACCAGUUCGGCAUCGAAGGGAGCAAGAGUGGUCUGACAAUGCCGGAAACCCUGUUACUACAGGAACCACUCGUCUACAUCCCUGAAGAAACGAUCCGGGAGGCGCUCAAAGUUAUUCUUGACGUAAGAAACCAGCCGGUCCUCAUCCACUGCAAGAGAGGCAAGCACCGGACCGGCUGCGUCGUCGGGUGCCUGAGGAAGCUGCAGAAGUGGUGCCUAUCCUCGGUCUUCGACGAGUACCUCCACUUCGCGGCGGCGAAGGCGAGGAGCACCGACCAGCGGUUCAUGGAGCUGUUCGACGCGUCGAGCCUGAUGCACCUGACGGCCUCCGAGUGACCACGAGUGUUGACCCCAAGCGAGCGGUUUUUCUUGGCCGCCGUCCCGAUCCUGCAACCAUGCUGCAUCGAGAGCGAUCUGUGUGUUCCCCCCUGUUGUCUCUAAAGCAACUUCGGCAGAGAGAAUAAUGCUAGAGCCGUGAGUGUUGUGUGAGAAUGGCAAUGGCCUUGGGUUUUGCUGCGUGAGUGCUGUAGCUGCUUCGUGUUCAACUGAUUUCAGAUUCUGAAAUGGCGAUGGCCGAUAAUGAACAAUGGCGGAGUAGAUGAUUCCGUUGCAUGA